AUUAAAAACAAAAAGCAACAAGAACAAAACGGUUCCAAGUAGCAACAAUGGUAUGUGAGUGAGCACACAUCGUUUUGAGUGUCUUCUUCGGAACCCAUUUCGUUUCAGAAUUGGGAAGCAUCUCCAUUCCUCCACUCUCAACUUUCCUCUGGUACUGAAAGUGAGUGACAUGGAAGAUCAUUCACAUUCCUCAGGGAAAAAGAAGAAAGCUGAAAGUCAUAAGAGUUAUCAUGGUAGAGAUCCCAAUCCUGGUGGUAAUAAUGACCUUUGGAUAGAUGGACUUAUCUGUGCUUUCGAAUUUGUUCGAGGACACAAGAAAUCAGUUAAAUCGAACAGGCUACAUGUUUCGAAUGGUUCAAGGGCUCCUUCCACGACGAGACUAGAUCGAAACAAGCUCCCGCACUCUUCAUCUGAAAAUGUCUUGAGGGACAGUUUGGUUGGUGACUUUGAAUUUGGUGAUCACAAAGAGAGCCAGGUCGACCAAUCUAAUGCGCCGGAAAAGUAUGAGGGUAGUCAUUGGGUACCAAUUGGAUGGAAAAGGAUAUCAGAACUUGUCCAAGAAGUUCAGGUUGAUGGAGACUGGUCUUCUCAUCAUUUGGAGUUUGAUGAUUCUGAAGAUGAUUUUACGGUAGCAGAUUUGGCGGCUCCCUAUUGGGAGCGUCCAGCUGGGCCUAUAUGGUGGUGCCAUGUUUCUGCAGGUAAUCCGGCUGUUGAGGCUUGGCUUAACAAUGCUCAAUGGCUACACCCUGCCGUUAGUUUAGCUCUGAGAGAUGAAAGUAGACUUAUAAGCGAGCGGAUGAAACAUCUUCUAUACGAGGUCCCAGUCAGAGUUGCAGGAGGACUUUUAUUUGAGCUCUUGGGACAAUCAGCAGGUGAUCCUCUUGUCGAGGAAGAUGACAUUCCGAUUGUGCUCAGGUCUUGGCAAGCACAAAACUUCCUAGUAACUGUAAUGCAUAUAAAAGGAUCAGUGUCAAGGAUAAAUGUUCUUGGGAUAGCAGAAGUUCAGGAGCUUCUUUCUGGUGGAGGGUAUAAUGUCCCAAGAACAGUCCAUGAAGUUAUAGCACAGCUUGCUUGCCGUCUCUCACGGUGGGAUGAUAGGUUAUUCCGUAAAUCUAUAUUUGGGGUGGCAGAUGAGAUUGAAUUGAAAUUUAUGAACAGGAGAAACUAUGAAGAUUUGAAUCUUUUUGUUAUAAUUUUAAAUCAAGAAAUCAGAAAGUUAUCAACACAGGUUAUCAGAGUGAAGUGGUCCCUCCAUGCAAGAGAGGAGAUUGUCUUUGAGCUUCUCCAACAUCUGAAAGGAAUUGGAGCAAGAAGCUUGUUAGAGGGAAUAAGAAAGAGCACGAGGGAAAUGAUUGAAGAGCAAGAAGCAGUUCGUGGUCGCUUGUUCACCAUUCAAGAUGUUACGCAGAGCACUGUCCGAGCUUGGUUGCAGGAUAGAAGCCUUCGGGUGACCCAUAAUUUAGCUGUAUUUGCCGGUGUCGGCAUGGUCCUCACCAUCAUAACCGGGUUAUUUGGGAUCAACGUUGAUGGAAUACCUGGGGCAGAACAUACACCAUAUGCAUUUGGUCUCUUCACAGCCAUCCUUGUCUUUAUAGGAGCAGUGCUGGUUGUAGUUGGCCUGGUUUACCUCGGGCUGAAAAAACCCAUCGCCGAGGAAAAGGUUGAAGUUAGGAAACUUGAGCUUCAAGAACUGGUGAAGAUGUUUCAGCAUGAGGCAGAGACUCAUGCCCAAGUCCGGAAAAAUGUUUCGCGGAAUAACUUACCUCCUACUGCUGGUGAUGCUUUCCGUAGGGAUGUUGACUAUCUCCUCUUACAAUAGAGAGUGAUAUACUGACAUAUCAUAGUUGACCAAGUAUGCUUUAACAAUAUCACUGCAUUUUGCAAAGUGAAAGCAUGAAUCAAGAAAAGCAUUAUCCUUUACUUUGUGAACAUAAAGACAUUCCCUGCCCUCAAAGGUCUCUACAUAAAAUAGGACUAAAUAUAAGUUUUUUCAGAGCUGAUUUUCCACUCUCUUUUUUUAUAUACAUUUUGAACUCCUCUUUGUAUCUCCUCUCUCUUUUCAUGACACGUUUCUGAAAAAGGAGAGAGCAUUAUAUAUGUUGAAGCUAUGAAAAGUUAUAAAAGAA